CAGAAAUACAGUCCGAUAUCUUUAAAGCUCAUCUUAGACUGCUUGUUGCCUCUAUGCAGGAGGAAGAUCGCCUUGAGCGACUCGAUGUGCUUUCAGAGAUUUGCCAUUUUAUCAUUUUGUGAGGAGCGGAGGUUUUCUGUUUUCUCACGAUAGAGGCCGCAGCCCUAAUACUCAGCCACUGGUCGACGUCACCGUCUCCGCAUCCCAACCGUGAAUCCAGACACCACCCAACAUCCAGACUCCCUCACAAUACAGAACGUGGACAAAAGGACCAGGCUCUCUGAAUAACCCACCAAAUGAAGCUCCUGACUGUAGUCGCCGCAACCAGCCAACAAGGCCAAUCCACCAUCCAGUCCGUACUCUCCGACCCCCAGCUACGCACCGAGUACACAAUCCGAGGAACAACGCGCAAUCCAACAAGCACCGCAUCACAAACCCUGCUCCAGAAAUACAACGACGGUCUCGAACUGGUAACCGCAGACGUCGCUGACUUGCCUUCCCUAGUACACGCAUUCACAGGCGCAGCCGUGGUCUUCGCCACCAGCAUCACCGUCUACGACGGACGCACCUACGAGCAUGAAGUCUCGAAUGGCCACGCACUUGCAGACGCAGCCGUCGCAGCCGGUGUUCCAUACAUAAUCUACUCGACUCUCCCGCAUGCAGGCAACAAUUCAAACGGCGUGCUAGAACACAUGGGCUAUUUCGACGGCAAGGCCGAGGCCGAGGCGUAUAUCCGGUCAUUGAAGCCGGGUAUCAAGAGUGCGUUUGUUGCGCCGGGCUGUUUCAUGUCGAACUUCAAGGAGAUGAUGGCGCCGCGGCCUGUGCAUGGGGUUCAUGGGGUUUAUGCGCUUGUGACGCCUGUGAAACCUGAGACGAGGGUGCCGCUUAUUGAGACGCGCGCGGACUUUGGGAAGUGGGUUGCGGCUGUUUUGGCGGAUUUGGAAGCGUAUGAGGGGAAGACGCUUUGUUGUGCGACGGGGUUGUAUAGCUUUGCGGAGAUUGUGGAUGUGAUGAGUCGGGUUUCGGGGAAGAAGGUGGUUUAUAGGCAGGUGCCGGAGGAGGUGUGGAAGCGGUUUCUGCCGGAGUUGAUGAAGGAUUAUAUUGCAGAUAUGUUAAGGUAUUUCCAGGACUUUGGGUAUUAUGGGGAUGGGACGGAGGAGAAGGUGGAAUGGGGUGCUGCACAGGCCAGAGGGAGAUUGACUACGCUGGAGGAGUAUCUAAAGGCCAAUCCGCUGCGAUUGAGGUAAUCAUUUAAAGGCUAUUAGCAAAACAAUAUCUUGUUUUGGUAGGAGUAAGUGGGUGUUCAGUAAUGAUACUUAGGGCUUAAUCAGAUAUUGUAUGCAGCUACCAACCACACUUAUAGAAGCAACAACAGUUAUACAUUACCACUCCUGAAUCCCAUCCCUCGUCAAAACCCUCCCAACAUCCCCAUCCCUCUCCCCCUCCACAACACUCCUAACAAAAGGCCCAGCAACGACCGGAUCGCCAGCCCCCAUCUUCUUCGUAACCUCCGCGCCAGCACCCAACCCCGUCGCCAAAA